GCCGCCGCGCCCCGGGCUAAGGCAGCCAGUCAGUCAAGCAGUCAGUUAGCCAGUCAGACAAAAGCACCUCCGCCCUACAUACACGGACCCUUCUAAGUCAAGUCUGCCACACCCUUAUGAUGGCGUACCGAAGGAGGAUUUUGUGUGGUUUCCUCGUCUGGGUUAUUUCUACUGUGGCGAAGUGUGCUCCCUCCUCCUCCUCCUCCUCCUCCUCCUCCUCCUCCUCCUCCUCCCUCCAGUCCUCCACACCUGCCCCAACACACCUGUCCUCGCUAGAAAACCUCAAGGGAUGCUGGGAUGAAGUCGACGGUUUGCACAACGACUCCACCAACUCUUCGUCUCCCCUGCUGUGUCCUCUUGGGUGUGGCGAGGUGCGGGUUGUGGUGGAGGGGGCGUGGGCGAGGGUGACUGGUGAUGACGAUGAUGUUGAAAGUGAGAGGCUGAUGCAGUGUCUUCGUCAGCCACCCUGGACCCGAGGACGCCUUCUUCAGGAUGUUUACUGGUUCACAUCGAGGGAGAAGGACGUAAUUAUCUACCUGGGGAACGCCUCCGAGGUGGUGCUGACGUGGGACUACCUGACGAGGGCGCAGAAGGCCGUGGAGGUGGUGAUUGUGGCGGUGAUGGUGGUGAUGCUGGUGGCGGCGCUGCUCGGGAACUCUCUCGUUCUCCUGACGAUGCUCACCUCGGAACGCAGCUAUGCCUUGUGGGUGAUGCGUGCCUCCCUAGCCGCCAGUGACCUCCUCAGAGCCACUACCGUCAUGCCCUUGGCCCUGCACCACACCCUCAGCCUCAUGACGCAGCCUGAAGGCCUCCUGGACGUGAAAACAAGAGGGGGAGGCGUCACCUUCGUCGGGGUGGUGUUCUGGGUAACUUCGCUGGCGUCCGUGCAGAGUCUGGCUUGGCUGAGCGUGGAGAGGGUCGUGCUGUGCGGUUUCCCUCACUGCUACAGGCACCUCACCGCCGCCAGGGUCAGGGGCGUCCUGGUUCUGGUCUGGCUCCUCGCGGUGGGGAUCCCCAUCGCCAUCCUCCUUCUCGCUCAAGGCCGCGUCACCAACUUCGAUGUGGCCACGAAGCUCACUCUCUUGUUCCCUGACGGCGGCGCGAAGGCUCCCGCCCACGCGGUGUUCCUGGGGCUGCGUGGGUACCUGGCGGGGCUGUCCAUGUUCACCGUCACCGCCUCCGUGCUGGCCGUGUGGGCUUUCAGGGCGAGGGCGCUGAAGGAGGACGAGGACGCCAAGCGACACUCUCCAGUUUCGUGCAUCAGGCGAAAGGAGAAGGACGACCGGGCAGUACAGUCCACGAUGCUGCUCAUGCUGGUCACGUACUUGGUCUCCACGCCGCCCUUCCUCCUCCUCCUCCUCCUGCAGCCGCCCCUACCUUCCCUUCCCUUCAUGAGCCACGCCCGGGACCUGCGCUGCUUCGGGACCUGUUGGCUCUUCGUCUUCACCUCCUCCUGGCAGUGGUAUGUGUACAACCUCCGCAGUGACGUUUUCAGGAGGUGCGUGGCGAGGAUGUUUCUGCGGUGUGUCUUCCUGCCGGAGGGACUGAAGGAAAGGCUGAAGGUUACCGCGACCUCUGACAACGCCCUCACCCUCGACUGGGGACAUGCCUGGUACGAGAUCCACGCCUUUAUCAGAAGGAAGUCGACAGUUGGACAGAGUGAUGCGAAGGGUGUGGGCGUUGAGGGCGUGGAGGCGUGUGUGGUGGAAGGGCGUGAGCAGAGUGGAGAGGGAGGGAGAGAGAGAGAACCCUGACCCUGAGAGAGGCAAGGGAGAAAGGUAAGGGAAGGGGAGUUGAGGGAGAGGGAGGGAGAGAGAAGGGAGAAAGGUAAGGGAAGGGGAGUUGAGGGAGAGGGAGAGAGAGGGAGAAGGGAGAAAGGGAAGGGGA